AUGGCAUUUCAGGAUUUUGACCUCCUAUCAGAACGCCGAAAAAAUGAAAGGAAACUAAAACUCAGAAAGAGGAUCGCAAUUGCUGCCUUUUCAAGCGUCGUCCUCAUUCUCAUAGUCGCUGCCGCUGUCUGUGCAGUCAUUUAUAGAAACCAUCAGACUCAGACUGAUCAACCCCAAAAGAAAACACCUGCACCCGGGAAACCGGUGCUACAAUAUGAGAAAGCCGUCAAAGCCAUAUGUGCCCCAACAGAUUACAAACAAACGUGUGAGAGCAGCCUUUUAAAGGCAUCCGCGUCCCAACCCAACCCCAACCCCAACCCCAAGGAUCUUCUCAAGGCUGCAAUUUCUGUUGCUGCCCUUGAGCUCAAUAAAACUAUCAACCAAACCUCCACCAUCAAAUUUGACACCCCUGAAAAGAAAGCCAUAUUUGAUGAUUGCAUGGAACUCCUUAAUGAUGCCAAAGAAGAAUUAAAUAGUUCUAUUGCCAAUGUUGAUGGCAAGGAAAAGGAUUUAGGAAAGCUUUGCUCAAGAACCCCCGAUAUGAACAAUUGGCUAAGUGCUGUCAUGUCUUACCAGCAAACAUGCAUUGAUAUGUUUCCUGAAGGAGAAGUAAGAUCCACCCUGCAGAAGGCCUUGAAGAAUACAAAAGAACUUACCAGCAAUGCUCUUGCCAUUGUCUCACAACUGUCUUCAGUCCUUGAGGCAUUCCAAAUACCAUCAGUCAGCCGACAUCUUUUAGAAUCAGAAUCCACUGCACCUUCUUUGGAUGAGGAUGGUCUUCCUACCUGGAUUAAGCAUGAGGAUCGAAGAAUGUUAAAGGCAGAUGAUCCAAAGCAGACUCCAAAUGUUACCGUGGCAAAAGAUGCUAGCGGAAAUUUUACUACAAUAUCUGCUGCAUUGGCAGCAAUGCCACCAAAAUACCAAGGGCGGUAUGUCAUUUAUGUUAAAGCAGGAAUUUAUGAGGAGAAUGUCGUAGUGACCAAAAAGAUGGUAAAUGUUACCAUGUAUGGUGACGGAUCCCAAAAAAGUGUUGUCACCGGAAACAAGAAUUUUGUCGAUGGAGUUCCAACAUUCCAGACUGCAACUUUUGCGGCUAUAGGAGAAGGUUUUAUUGCCCGGUCACUCGGAUUUAGAAAUACUGCUGGUCCAGAAAAACAUCAGGCAGUGGCCCUGAGAGUGCAAUCGGAUCGUUCAAUUUUCAUUAAUUGUCGUAUGGAGGGUUAUCAGGACACGCUCUAUGCCCAAACCCAUCGUCAGUUCUAUCGUAGUUGUUACAUCACUGGCACUGUGGAUUUCAUCUUCGGUGAUGCAGCUGCCAUCUUCCAAAACUGCAUGAUCUACAUCAGGAGGCCAAUGGACAACCAACAAAACAUAGUAACGGCCCAAGGAAGAGUAGACAGGCGUGAAACCACAGGAAUAGUGUUACAGAAUUGUCGCAUUUUGGCUGAUGAGAAACUUGAGCCAGAGAAGUCAAAGAUCAAGAGUUAUCUUGGAAGGCCAUGGAAGGAGUACUCUAGAACCAUCGUAAUGGAAUCAGAGCUAGGUGAUGUGAUUCAUCCAGAGGGAUGGCUACCAUGGAAUGGAGAUUUUGCACUGAAGACAUUGUACUAUGCUGAGUAUAACAAUAAAGGGCCUGGGGCUAAACUUUCUGCCAGAGUCAAGUGGCCCGGUUAUAAGGUUAUCAAAAAGGAAGAGGCCAUGAAAUAUACAGUUGGUCCCUUCAUACAAGGUGAUAAUUGGUUGAAGGCCACCAAUGUUCCCGUUCGUUUUGGCCUAAACAACUAA